CGAUGUCCCAGCAGUACGCUUCAUCGAUUCGUUGACAUCCGCAACAUAAACAUUAGCUUUACCGCUGUUGCGUAAAAUUAAAACAAUCUGGUUUCGUACGUUCGGUUUCUCCGGUGCCGGCAACAAAAUUAUGAGCUCUCUCAGGCGCGAGGCCCUUCGGUGGUACAAAAUUUUGCAGCGCACAAAGAAUGAAGUGUUUUCCGGUGACUUUCGCACCAUCUCAGCCGCAAGGCAACGCAUUAGGGAAGAAUAUAUCAAGAACAAAGAUAUUACAGAUGAACAGCAAAUCAAAGAGAAGAUUCAAAUCGCCAAGGAUGUUGACGUUGAGCUGCGUCGAUCGGUAGUACAGGCCGUGAGGAAGCAGCCGACCGUGUUUGAGGCGCGCAUCACACCCGAUACGAGAAAGAUGGACAAUGUAAUGUUUGAUCCGGACGCCGAGCUUCCUCCACCCCGGAGCAAGAAGUGUAGUGAUAAAAAAUAAUUCAACGUCUUCCACGACUCUGCGGCACCACUGUUACCGUUUUUUUUGGGUGUACACAAGUGUCCCCAUUAGCGAGCAACUUGUUACCGGUACCAUGAGGCUUAUCGAUAGUA